AUGGAAAUCCUCGACUUGAAUAACUCAACAUUCUUGAUCAAUUUUAGCAAUGAAAAGGACUAUCUGAAUGCCCUCACCGGCGGCCCAUGGGUGAUCCUUGAUCAUUAUCUGAUCGUCCACCAAUGGUCCCACACAUUCCGAACAUCCGACAAACCUCACCGAUCUGUGGUAGCCUGGGUUCAGCUGCCGGAGCUACCGAUUCAUUUUUACCAUCGGGAAGUGCUAUUCGCGUUGGGAAACCUACUGGGAAGAACUGUAAAACUCGAUUAUCAUACGGAACAUAUGGAAAGAGGGAAGUUCGCUCGGAUCGCCGUGGAGCUCGAUAUGGCCAAGCCUCUGAAGACGCGGAUCAGACUUGAAGGGUUUUGGCAACAGGUGGUUUACGAAAACUUACCGGAAAUCUGCUUUGAAUGUGGCCGAAUCGGGCACUCUGAUGUUGCCUGCCCCAAGCUUCACAAUUCCCAGGCGAUUAUCUCUCAGGCGGGCGCGGCAGAUCAGCUCCGGUCACCGGAAGAACAACCGCCGGAACCGCCGGCGGGCUACGGACCAUGGAUGCAGGUGAUUCGGAAAUCACGCAGCCAGAAUAGGAAAGGGGAAGUCAGCCAGGGAUCCGCCCAAGGUAUUCCAACGGAGAGAAAAGUUGAUACCGGGAAAGCAGCUAGCAAAUCGGGAAAGAACCAAAGACAAGAGCAAGGGAUCCCUAAAAUCUCGAAAGAUAAGAAAGGGAAGGAGGAUCCGAGAGGGGAUUUGAGAAAGGGUAAGGCGGCGAUGCAAAAUGGGAAGGCCAUCGUUGAUGAAGAUAACCUAGGCAAGGUGUAUCAGGCCCCAGGCCCGUCUCAAGUGUGGCGUUUGGUGGGCCCGAAGUCCAAGGAGGUCUCCACUUUCUCUAGUCUGAAGCCCAUUGAAGAAUCAGAAGCUGACUUGAAGAUGCUGGAUCCUAGUGAAAAUGAGCCCAACAACAACAUGAACUCAAUCCGCAAGGCAUCCUCAGCGGAAUCGGGCCUCCCCUUUGACAAUGAAGUGGCGUCUCUGGGAAAAGUUAAUGGGCCAGAAUUGGUGUCCCUGGGAAAUGAUAAUGGCCCAAAAUUUGUGUCCCCGGGAAAUGAUAAUGGCCCUAAAUUUUUGUCCCCGGGAAAAGAAGCUGGUCCACAAAAAUUGGAAUCCAUUCGAGAACAUAUCAGAGGGAAAGCUGUGUCCACCCCGAAGAAGAAGAAAGAUCCCAACCUGCGGGUAGCAAAGAAGAGUCAUGAAAUGUGGAGUGGAACGGGAAGCAGCAAGCGCGCACCAAAAAAGCAAGAUAAUCCAAACCAUCGCAAAGCUGUCGAGGAGCUCCUCGCCCAAAUCCAAUCCAUGCCACCUGUUGGAAGCUCUUGUUCGGGACCCAAAGCGGAGAAUGACGCUAUGGAAGAAAUCGCCGAGCAGCCCACGAGAACUGAAGGAAACCAAAUUCCCAUUACGACUGCCCCGAUGGGAGAUGAACCCCCGCUGGCGAAGCCGGCAAUUUGA